CUCUUCGUCAAUGCGGCUUCGCAGAGACAACGGUGAAGUUGAACCUAUUUGUAUUUCCAUUAUUCAUUCUCAUCCUUACAAGUCUCUUCUCCUUAUACGCGGAGAAAUGCUCUUAGCAGGACCCGCUCGGUUAAAUCCGGAUAAAUGAACGGGUGCAUCACGAUUAUCCUUUCGAAUCUUUGAACACAUAAACCUGCAUCCUCCUCUCGAAGGAUUUCGAGCCUCAGUAUUCGAGUCAUUGUUUCUUCUGUCUUAAUUAUCCACUAUCCAAACCUUCAAAAGAUCCCGAAUUUGUUUCAAGAUGCCACGAAUUACAAAUCCCAUCCUCCCAGGAUUCAAUCCUGACCCCUCAAUACUCCAAGUGGGCAACGAUUAUUAUAUUGCAACGUCAACUUUUGAGUGGUUCCCCGGGGUUCAGAUUCACCACUCAACGGAUCUGGCAAAUUGGGAACUUGUUGUCCGCCCGCUCAAUAGAAAAAGCCAGCUGGAUAUGAGAGGCAAUCCCGACAGCUGUGGAGUCUGGGCUCCUUGUCUCACUCAUGACGGCGACAAAUUCUGGUUGGUAUAUACAGAUGUCAAGCGAAAGGAUGGAUCUUUCAAAGAUACCCAUAAUUACAUCGUCACUGCACCCUCAAUAGAAGGUCCCUGGUCUGACCCUGUUUAUGCAAACUCAUCGGGAUUCGAUCCAUCAUUAUUCCAUGACGACGACGGGAAAAAGUGGUUUGUCAACAUGCUUCAAGACCAUCGUCGUCGUCCUAGAAGCUUUGCAGGUAUCGUGCUCCAGGAGUUCGAUGCAUCUAUUGGCGAGCUGGUUGGUCCCAAGAAGAAUAUUUUUCUUGGAACCGACCUGGACCUCGUCGAGGGACCGCAUUUGUACAAAAGGAAUGGAUGGUACCACCUCUUAACAGCCGAAGGUGGCACGGGGUAUGAUCACGCUGUUACUCUUGCCCGCUCUCGCGACAUCUGGGGCCCAUAUGAAUUACAUCCGCAGAAACACGUUCUUACUUCUAAAGACUCCCCUCUGGUUGCACUUCAGCGAGCUGGUCACGGCGAUGUUCUGGACACUUCGGACGGAAAGACAUAUUUGGUACAUCUGACUGGCCGUCCGACAACACAAAAUCGCCGAUGCGUGCUCGGCCGUGAAACGGCUAUUCAAGAGGCAUACUGGGAGGAUAACUGGUUGUACGUUAAGAACGGCCCUGUUCCAUCUCUUCACGUUGAAGUCCCAGGAACCCGAGAUGAUACCAAGUAUUGGGCCGAACAAAAGUAUGAAUUUAGUGACGGUCUACCUCAAGACUUCCAAUGGCUGCGCACUCCCGAGCCAGAGCGAAUCUUUACAACGAAGAAUGGGAAGCUGAUUCUCCUCGGUCGAGAAUCGGUCGGCUCCUGGUUUGAACAGUCUUUAAUCGCGCGACGACAGACCCACUUUUCGUUCGACGCUGAAACCGUUAUUGACUUCUCACCAACCGACGAAAGACAAUUUGCUGGAUUGACGGCGUACUACUGCCGCUACAAUUUCUUCUAUCUCACGGUCACUGCGCAUUCAGAUGGGCAGCGAGAACUUCUUAUCAUGAGCUCCGAAGCUUCCUGGCCAGAAGGUCGUCUGAAGAUGCCGUUUGCGGACCCGGUCCAGAUCCCUAACGAUGGAAAGGUGAAGUUGGCACUCACAAUCCGAGGUCGUGAACUGCAGUUCUUUUACGCUUUGGAAGGAGAAGAGCUCAAGAAAUUCGGGCCGAUCUAUGAUGCAUCUAUUCUGUCUGACGAGUGUGGUGGACACCAAGCGCAUGGAAGCUUCACUGGGGCAUUCGUGGGAAUGGCAUGCUCUGAUCUGAACGGAACUGUGUUGUCUGCUAUGUUUGAUUAUUUUGUAUAUCGUCCUGUUCAUCACAAAACCGAUAUUUAUGAGGUAUAAAUACGACCGCGUAUAACGAAUACAACGGCUCUUUCUUUUCAGAGUAGCCGACACUGCAAAAUGUUGUUUAGAUACAAUUUCGGCUGUAAUUAAACCAAAACGCCG